AUGGGGCAAAGGAUCCGCGUGGAGGGGCGGCUCCGGCCCUGUCGCAGGCCCACGGUUUACUCAUUGGAUGAAGACAAUGGAAGCUCAGUGUUAGAGUUUGUGGUGCCACAUGAUGCAGCGGAUGGAUUUAUAAAUAACAAACGAGAAAGCUAUAAAUUUAAAUUCCAGCAAAUCUUUGAUCAAGGUGCAAAGCAAGAGGAAAUUUUUGAAAAUAUUGCACAGCCCGUUGCUGAAAACUCAUCUGAAGAUCCAAGGCUUCACAACUCUUUCUAACAGCAAUCUCCCCCUCAGUCUGGAGCGAAAGAUCAUCUGUCCAUUUUCCUCCACAGGUAUUGCCUGACCUGCUGAGUUCUUCCAGUAGUUUUUUUUUUUACUCAAGAUUACAGCAUCUGCUGUCACUUCUCUCCUGAUGGUAUUAAUAUGAUUACCAAGCCUUCUCCGUGUUCCUUCGGAUGGUACCAAGAAUCUGUGGUACAAUGAUUCUCCUGGUUCUUUCUUAUCACUGAAAUUCAUUUUAAUUUUUUUGCACCUUUUCUUUGUUUUCUUAUUUUCCCGGUUCUGUUGAAACAUUCACUUUGUUUUCCUCCUCCACUGAUGCUGCCUGACCUGCUGCAUAUAGUCAGACAUCAUAGAAACAGGCCUUUUGGUCCAGCUCGUCAAUGCGACACAAUGCUCCAUCUACAUUAGUCCCAUUUACCUGCGUACCCUUGUAAACCUUUCCUAUCCAUAAGCCUGUCCAAGUGUCUUUUAAAUACU